AUGGCGGAGGCUGAAGGGGAGAGCUUGGAGUCCUGGCUGAAUAAAGCCACCAAUCCUUGCAACCGGCAGGAAGACUGGGAAUAUAUCAUCGGCUUCUGUGAUCAGAUCAACAAGGAGCUUGAAGGGCCACAAAUCGCAGUCCGGCUGCUGGCCCACAAGAUCCAGUCCCCACAGGAAUGGGAGGCGGUACAGGCCCUGACGGUGCUGGAGGCGUGCAUGAAGAACUGUGGGAGGAGAUUUCAUAACGAAGUGGGGAAGUUCCGCUUUUUGAACGAGCUAAUCAAAGUCGUCUCCCCAAAGUACCUAGGGGACCGGGUGUCUGAGAAAGUGAAGACGAAGGUGAUAGAGCUGCUCUAUAGCUGGACACUGGCCCUGCCGGAAGAAUCAAAGAUCAAGGACGCCUACCAUAUGCUGAAGAGACAAGGCAUUGUGCACUCUGACCCCCAAAUUCCUGCUGACAGGACACUCAUCCCCUCUCCACCCCCUCGUCCCAAAAACCCCGUGUUUGAUGAUGAAGAGAAGUCCAAGCUUUUAGCCAAGCUGCUGAAGAGCAAAAACCCAGAUGACCUACAAGAGGCCAAUAAGCUCAUCAAGUCCAUGGUGAAGGAAGACGAAGCUCGGAUUCAGAAGGUGACCAAGCGUAUGCACACCUUGGAGGAAGUCAGUAACAAUGUCAAACUGCUCCAUGAGAUGCUGCUUCACUACAGCAAAGAGGAUUCUUCCGAGGCCGACAAGGAGCUCAUGCAGGAACUGUUUGAUCGGUGUGAGAACAAGAGACGGACAUUAUUCAAACUAGCCAGCGAGACAGAGGACAAUGACAACAGCUUGGGGGACAUCUUACAGGCCAGUGACAACCUCUCCCGGGUCAUCAACUCUUACAAAGCAAUUAUUGAAGGGCAGAUCACCAAUGGGGAGGUGUCCACGUCAGCCUCACUUGACCCAGAAGGAAACCACCCCUGCAGCAGCCAGGGCACACUCAUCGACCUGGCCGAGUCGGACACCCCUAGCAGCUCAUCCCCAGUGUUGGCCCCCGCUCCACCCACAUCGGGCAUCCCUAUCCUCCCACCUCCCCCCCAGACCGCAGGCCCUUUACGCAGCCGCUCGUCCAGCCAGGCCGAGGCUUCUCCCGGACCCUGCAGCUCCAGCAGUGCCCUCUCUCUGCUAGAUGAGGAACUGCUCUGCUUGGGCCUCACUGACCCGCCCCCCAGUGCUCCCCCUAAAGACACAGCCGGAACCAGCCAGUGGCACCUCUUCCAGAACGAACAGCCAGAGCUGGGCUUCUUCAGUCCCAAGCUGGGCCCUGCAGCAAGCUGCUCCACAGACAGCCCUCCCCUCCCACCACCUGCAGCCCCACCCACUAGCAGCUCCCCAGGGCCUCUAUUCCCAGCUCCUGUGGUCCCGGCCAGCGCUCAUGCCCCUACUCCAAGCUCCUUGUUUCCCACUGGACUAGCCACAGCACUGGGCCCCAGGGUCCAGCUAGCAGCCCCCAGUUACCAUGGCUCGGCCCUGGGUGACAACGCCCUGCACCAACUGGAUGCACUGGAUCCGCUGCUGGAGGCCAAAGUGGCCUCAGGCCUCAUGAAGCCUGCCGCAUCCAGCUUCUUCUGUGCAGCUGGACCUGCCCCUCUCCUUCCGGCCACUGCCUCCGCCAGGCCGCUCUUCUCCUUCCCUGCUGGGUCCGGCAGCCCCCCAAAGGGGCCUGAGGUCUCCCUGGCCAGUGUCCACGUCCCCUUGGAAUCUAUCAAGCCUAGCAGUGCCCUUCCCGUGACAGCCUAUGAUAAGAAUGGCUUCCGCAUCCUCUUUCACUUUGCCAAGGAGUGUCCUCCAGGGCGGCCUGACGUGCUGGUGGUGGUGGUGUCCAUGCUGAAUACUGCCCCCCUGCCCAUCAGAAGCAUUGUGCUCCAGGCCGCUGUGCCCAAGUCCAUGAAGGUGAAGUUGCAGCCACCCUCGGGGACAGAACUCUCUCCCUUCAGCCCCAUCCAGCCCCCUGCAGCCAUCACCCAGGUCAUGCUGCUGGCCAAUCCACUGAAGGAGAAGGUGCGGCUUCGCUACAGGCUGACCUUCACCUUGGGGGAGCAGCAGAGCACAGAGGUAGGCGAGGUGGACCAGUUUCCUCCUGUGGAGCAGUGGGGCAGCCUAUGA